AUGAGACUGAGGACGACUGUGAGUCUGCUGCUGAUGAUGAUCCUGGUCCUGCUGGACGGGGUUCGGACGCUGUCGGCUCCCGACACAGUCUCCAUGGAAUCCACAGACAUGAUACACAUCCUGAGGUGGCGCCCCCUGCAGGCUUCAUGCAACACUUCAAUUCUCUACUCUGUCCAGUUCCAGGGGGAGUUUGAGCUGACGGUGCUGGACGGCAGCUGGGUGGAUGCUCCUGAGUGCCGUCUGAUUCAGCACACACACUGCGACCUGACCCUUGACCUGGGCUCCGACUCCGACUACAACGUCCACGUCAGAGCCCAGUGCGGCUCGCAGCCCUCAGCCUGGGCGGAGCUCCGCCCACCCUUCAACCGCAGAGACACCGUCCUGACGGUCCCAGAGAUGAAGGUGUCGCCAGCGGUCCAGGGUCUUCACGUUGUUUUUGAGAAUCUUCCUCUCAAUGCCGUUGUCAUGGUGACGGUGUGGAAAACAGGCGAGGAGCUGCAGGCUCAAGUCUACUCCGUGUCAGCUGAGGAGGCCGAGCUGGAGGUCGACGCCCUGCAGGAGGGAGGGAGGUACUGCGUCCGAGCGCAGAGCUUCAUGGGAACACAGGUCCAGAGCAGCAGCACUGACACCCAGUGUGUGUCCAUCCCAGGUCCAGACGCCGCGUGGAGGAGUCCGACCACCGUGACCGUGAGCGUCAUCAUCAUGGCCGGCCUCCUGUUCGCUGUGUUCUGCUCCAUCGUUCACUGGCGUCCAGACGUCUGCCAGACGUAUUUCCAUAAAGAGCCGCUGCCCGACUCACUGCAAGAUGUUUGGGACGUUCGGCUCCGGAUGAGCCGCCAGCAGCUGGAGGUUUGGGAGCGGACCUGCGUGGUGCAGAGCAUCGACCCCGAGCACCAGGCCUCAAAGACUGCCACUGGGUUCCUGUCCCUUCUGGAGGAACACAGUGCUGACCUCCUGCUCUCUGUGGAUGUUGUGGAGUCUUUCCAACCUCAAAGACCUCAGGACUGGGUCGUCCUGGACCUGCAGGAGACCCCCCCUGUGGUCGGUCAGUGUCCUGUUACCAGGCAACACAUGCAGACUGUGGAUUAA